GAACGCAGGACACGUCACAAGAACCAAAGAUGGCAGCUGGAGCCCCUGUCUUCGACCCCGUCCUGGCUGAACGAGGAGACGCGACGCAAGUUCCUUUCGCGAGUGCAGCCUUCGAGCAGCUGCCGCCCUGUACGGCCACCUCCGAGAGCACAUGCCAGAUUGUGGACCACCUUUCGACGUUGAACGAGCUGCUCUUUCACGCCGAACUGGAACUGCGGGAACUGUCCGCACCAUACGGGCAGCUCUCGCUCGCGAGCUUGGCAGAGAUGAACCCAGACAUACCGCGCGACUCGCAACAGACCGUCAACCAAGCGGUUGCGCUGGUUCACCGGUUGCUCAAGACGCACUCGUGCGUGCUACACGUUCACAUUCACCACCGCGUCUUCGCCUUUCAUGAAGCGCUGAUUUGCGACGCCCUCAAAUGCAACCCUUCCACUAGGUUGCUGAGUAUCGACUUCCGAGCCUAUGCCAUCACGCAGGAUCUCGACGACGUUUUCUGUUCCUUGAAGCACCUGCAAGAAUUGGAAUGCCUAUCCCACGGGGUACGCGACGACGUCUCGUCUGCUUUGCCAACGGUUGUUCGCGUCUGCAAAUCGCUGACGACCCUCAAGAUUGCCGAGUUAUGCAUGACAGGCCGCACGGCGAAACCAUUCGUCGCCGCUCUUAAAGGAGCUUCAACGCUGAAAGAGCUGUCAGUGCACGGUUCCGUCAUAUGCGAAGCCGGACGAGGCCAAUUCGCGCAGUACCUCAGAGACACCACCUCGUUGACCACACUAAGCGUAGCGGCAGACGAGCUCAGCCGGCGGAACUGCUUCAACUGGAUGGCCGAAGGCCUCCUGGUAAACAAGACCAUCAAGAAAGUCAGGCUGAACAACGUCCUGUUUGACCAGGAGAAUGCCGAAUGGGCAGGGCGGAUUUUCACGGGAAAUGCAGUUAUACGGAGCUUCAGCGUAGUGUAUUUGCCGCCAGUUUUAUCCUUACAGCCGAGCACAGAUUACAACUUCUGGUACGCGCCGUUGUCCACCAACGAGACGCUGGAGGAACUCAGCCUCCCGUUCUCCAUCUGGAACUCGGCGCAGUGGGUCGAUUUCUUCUGGACCGCCUCGAGGAAGCCGAGUCUGAAGAAGUUGAUCAUUUCCGUACACGCCACAGAUCACCGCAACUUGCGAGACUUGUGCAAGGCUCUCAAGGAGAGCGGAGCCGAAGAUAAGGUCUCGCUGGGAACCUACUUCGUGUACCACGACUGGGACUUGAUGUACUCGAAGGCGUUCUCGGACGUGGACAUGUUCUGUUUCGACAACGUUCUGGCGCGGCUCUCGAGCGUGUUGCUGACAUUCACGCACAUUACCUCCGUGCGCUUCAGCAUCAGGAUGGGGGACGUGGCCCUCGUGUCAGCCAUCGCCGCGUACAUCGGAGCUGCCACGUCGCUCCGGAAGCUGCGGCUGGCUCUAUACUCGGACGACGGUGACACGGAGCACGAUAUGAACACGUCGUGGACCGAGAUAGUAGAAGCACUCGCUCGCAACACGAGCAUCAAAGGGCUGUGCGUGCACGUGGACAUCGACUCGGACGACAGUGACGAGGAAGACGGCGUCGGCGACGUGCUCGAGCAGCACCAAGUCCAGCGUCUCGCUCAAGUGAUCGGGUCCAGGCAGAACAUACGCACGGUCUACUUCGGCGCGGAACAGGCGGGCGUGGUCGGCGCGUUCCUUCGCUGUUUCUCCAAGGACAUCGCGGACAACUACAACCUAGUCCGCGUCACCCUGAAUGGAGUACUGGACACGGAAUCGGCACAGGACGGCUUCAAAGUUCGGGACACGGCGCGUCGAAACUGUGGCCUGGUGACGCGCGCCACGCAGUUCGCCAGAGGACGUGCACUGGACAGGCACUGCGCCAUUGCUUUGGAGCGGGUCUGGCGCCAUGCGGCACUGCUCGAAGAACUCGCCGAGCAGCUGUCCGUCAGCGUGGACGAGGCCUCUGCCACGGUGCGACGUGGGCUGAGGAACAUGGAAGGCCUGCACGACUUCAUGCGGCUCGCCCGCGUCGUCCGGGACGGCGUCGUGUGCGACCCGAGCCGCGACGGUGGUCCUCGACUGGACACCCUCAACGACGACUGCUGGAGGCUUGUCCGCCGCUACCUGAUGCUCGGCGACGUCAGGGAGCCUGCCGAGCCGGCGUCUUUGAGGCAGUGAUGUCACAGGGCAUGCUCAAGAGUUUCCACUCUUGACUCCUGACCCCGAGAGGUGACGCUGGUGCACAACACGCGGUCUUACGUGACGCUGUUUUCCCCCGAGUCGGAGCAGUGUCGGCAAUGACUUCGCCGCGAUGUGUGAUGGACUAUUUGAGAUGCCAAAACGCGCAGACGUAUCUCAUGACGUGCACCAAGCGUGUUCUGACAUGAGCGUAACAGAACUUCGGGGAUGUGGUCGAUUUCAGAGGGCUGCGUGCGGCCGCGUGGGAACUUGCACCCUGUCGACCUCGAUAUGAGCGAGGACAUGAUUUAA